AUGCCGAGCCCCGGGGCGAACUCCGCGCUUCGGCGCCCGGAGGGGGUCUUUGUCCUGGGCACGUCGCUGUAUGUCGCUGACACGGAUCAGCACCGGGUGCUGCAGUAUGGCCUUAGCGGCGGAGAUGGGACCGUCGUGGCCGGAGGAAACGGAGUGGGCAGCGACCUCAAUCAGCUCUCCAGCCCCGCUCAACUCUUCGUGGACGACAGCGAGCAGGAAAGCGGCUCGGCCGUCGUGCACAUCUACGUGGUGGACACGGACAAUCAUCGGGUCAUGAAGAUCCGGGAGGACACCGGGGACGCCACGGAGGUGGCCGGUGGAUGCCUUGAGAGCCCCAACUACAUCGUGCCCUGCAUCCAGGGCGGCGUGCACGAUCCUCCACGGCCGUGGCCGGACAACAUGGAGGAACUCAACCCCUCCAGCGACAACCCCCCCAUCUACCACUUCUGGGGGCCCUCAGGCCUGCACGUGGACGUGAGCACGAUGGACAUCACAGUAGCGGACUCCUUGAACCAUCGUCCUGGUCUGGGAAGCAGCCCGCUGACGACCCAACUUGCGAAGCGGUUUCGAAGCGAAGCCCAGGGGCAGCAUCCCGGUCAGAAGGAAAGGUCUCGGAGGGACGCUGCGCCUGCCGGUACCUCAAGCACCAAGCGAAAGUGGCCGGGCAACAAGCACGAGUUCCACGAGAUCGGCGUGCAGUACGGGCUCAGCAAGUUGGUGGACAAGUGCAUUGAGCUGAUCGUCACAGAUGACCACAUCUUGGAAUCCGAGGACUUCAACGGUCUUUCGCAAGCAGCCAUGAUCGAGCUGGCCAAGCACGACGCCUGGAAUUUGCAUGAAGAUAGCAUCUACGACAUCUUCAUGCGCUGGGCCACGGUGAACUCCCAGAACGAGGAAGAGAAGCGGCAGCUGAGCGAGCCCUUGAUGGAGCAACUGCGAUAUCCGCACAUGUCCAUCUCCAAGUUGAAGAAGAUGUGGAAGAGCCCUGCCGACACGGUGCCCGCCGAUUUGGUGGUUGAGGCCUUGUUCGUGAAGCUGGAGGCACCGGCUGGGUGA